AUGUCGUUCUCUGAAGGAAUGACCAGUUCGACGCUCGCUGGGAAUCUCUCCUCUCACAAUUCCACGGCCGAUGGAAACAGAAUGGAGUGGGGAGCACCUUCCGUCCUGUCAAUGGUCAUCUUCACCCUCACCGUCCUACUGGGCGUCCCGGGCAAUGGCGCAGUCAUCUGGGUGACGGGCUUCAAGAUGAAGAGUAAGGUCCACACGGUGUGUUUCCUGAACCUGGCUCUGGCUGACCUGAUCUAUUGCCUCACCAUUCCCUUCAGAAUGGCAAACAUCUCCCUCAUCUGCUUUGGGGGCAAUGCCUACUUUUCCAUGGAGUUUAUUAGGACGUUGACGUUCCUCAACGCAACCGCCAGCAUUUAUCUGUUAUGUCUGAUCAGCAUCUGCCGCUGCCUGGCUAUUACUCGGCCUUCCUGGUUCCAGCAACAACUGAGCCUCACAUGGGCUCGUGGGGCUUGCUUCGGAAUCUGGAUCCUAGCCUUCGCCAUGUGCAAGCCCGUCCUCCUGCUUCAGGAUUGGAAGAAGAAACUGACUGUCUUGCAGCCAUUUUGGUUUGUUUUCAUCUUCGGUCUUCCCCUUCUAAUUAUGAUCACCAGCUACUCCCUGGUUGGUUGUAGGCUGCAAGAGAACAGGUUCGUAAAAUCUAAGAAGUCUGUCUGCCUCAUCAUCACCGUUGUCAUCACCUUUAUGAUCUGUUGGAUCCCGAACACUGUCUGCAACCUCGUUGCAAUCGUGAAACCGAUUCCCCCGGACCUGUCAUUAUUCACUGUUGCCCUGGCCUCCUUCAACAGCGCCCUCAACCCGCUUCUCUAUGUCUUCGUUGGCCGCGAAUUCCACCAGGUCUUCAGGCGCUCCAUCCUCACUUCGAUUCAUCUGGCCUUGGCCGAGCAGAGGCUGGAAUCGGAGACCCAGCCCCAAACCCCCAACCUCGCCUCAAAUACGAAUGUCUGA